AUGAAUGGAUCUGGAUUUGAUUGGUUACAGGUAACGUCUGGCAAUAAUAGCGGGAAAGUUCUGCCGGCUCCACUAGUAUCCUUUGGAGGUGGAGAGGAGCGGUCGCUGUCACCAUUGAAUGGGAGUUUGUCACCCAGUUUCCAGAAGGAUAUGUCUCCCAAUACAAGUGUCAAUGGGCAAGAGACGGGCCGCCUUUAUAACGCUAGGUCAAUGGUGAAUAUCCCGAUACAAGCGACAACCACAAACAACUCGCCUUUGAAUUCAAUCUCAAACCUUGAUGUCAGCAACCCUGCUAAUAGAACACACGCUGCAUCAUUUUCUGUAUUGCCCCAGAGGACACAAAAUUACUUUUCAUCUUCUGCAACGUAUCAGUCGGACGACGAUCUAAGCACCGGGAGCCUUCACGGAAACCACAACCAAAAUCACAGUGGUAACAACAGCAACAUUGGUGGUAUGACCAACAAUAAAAAUUAUGAUGACGAUAGUAUUUCGGGCCAAAAUGGUGACAGUAUACCCCUAUCACUUCAAACGCAUGAACUUACCUUUCAAGAAUCAAAGACAUAUAUGCGUUGGUACAGUGAUAUACUCGCACGUACUAACAACUCACGGACCAUUUCAAUGAAUGAUGUGUAUUCAUUCUUAAGUAAUUUCAAGAUUCCCGAAAUUUGCAAAGAGAAAAUCAAUAGAAUUUUCUUUAAGAUACUAAACUCUAUCAAUAUUGGAGAAUUUUUUGCAUUGUUAAGGUUAAUCUCCCACGCAUUGAAUGGACAAGAUAUUUCGAGAAAAUUGAUCAAGAUGCAAGCACCAACGCCCAUUCCUCCUUCGAUCUUAUCCAAGAAGCGCCACACUGAAGAUGAAGAUGACCAUGAGAAUAACGAAGAGUCGAAUGCCGCAGAGAUUGUAUCCUCUCUGGGAACCUCAGAUGGCUCCAGCCAACCAUCCAAGCCGCUUGAUCUUGAUUCAUUCACCCAAUUUAUGUUGACUGGUGAAAGACCAGGUGAAAAACGCACAAAGAAGAGAACGAAAAAGGCCAAGUCAGUUAAAUUUUCAGAUCAAGUGGUAACAGAUGUACAUGAUUUUGAUAUGAAUAACAACAAUUUUGCAUCACCAUCGCCACAACCAAACCAAGAUAUUGACUAUUCUUUGCCCAUGGACCAGCUUUUAGGGAAAAUAAAGCAAGCACAAUCUGUAGAGGAGAGAGAAAUUCUUAAAGAUAUGGAAUCUCAAAUAAACCAUUUCCAAAAUUUGAAUACUGUCGAUAAACCAACAUCAGCAUAUGAGGAAAAUAGCCACAAUGAUAAUUAUCAAUUGCUCAGACCAAACAUGACUGGCCCCGCACAGAUGUCACAACUAUUUAGUCCUUCACCCGAACCCCAGUAUCUGCAAGACGAAGUGUUACAACCAAAUAUGACAGGACCAGCUCAAAUGGCGAGAUUGCAACCGAACAGAACGGGUCCCGCAGAUAUGGCCAGGAUAUUUACACCUGAAAAUUCAGAGCAGCCUAAGAUCUCUCUUCAAUCGUUUACUGAUCAAAUGACUGGGAACACUAUAUCAAACACCUUACAGAACUCUAGAACCUCGGUGACUGGUUCUCCAACUAGCUCACCAAUGCAUGUUAACGGACUGAGUAAUAACAUCAAUGAAUACAACAACAGCAAUAACAAUUAUAGUAACAACAACGGAUAUGGAUACGAAAACCGGCCAUUACCACCACCUCCUGUCCCACAAAAUAGAAGAAGUAGAUCUGCAACUUCCCCCCCAAUAAUUUCAUCUCCAUUGUCAGGAUCUUUCGGGGAAACCUUCCAUGCUCCCAAUAUACCUCAGAGAAAUGUGAGCUCUCCGGUUAAUGGAUCUGCGAGAUUACCACCACCUCCACCGCCUUCAAGAAGAAGAAAUUUGAGUACCUCAACAACGUCACCUCCUCCACUACCCCCAAAGGUUGUGCAUCAACAACAACAACCACAACAACAUAGUCAAAGCAUAUAUGGAAAUGAAAAUGGGAAUGAUAGUACUUCAAAUUUAUUAACUGACUUGAAGGCACUUCAAGAUGAAGUAGAUAGGAUCAGAGACAUGACAGGAGGCUUUUAA